GCCGAACCUUUAGCCUUUUUCUUUUCGAACGUUAGACAACCGAAGAAAUGGUCGAAUUCAUGCUAUCGUUUCCCAUUUUAUAAGUAGUCCUGAGCCCUAUCUCUCUCCACCGAAGGUCAACAAUACUAGCACCAAACCGAUCGAACACGGGGAUAGCAUGGGUUUUGGUGGAAAUCGUGGUGCUUCUGCUAACUUGAAAAAUGCCGUGAUAGCGUUUUUAGCUCCCCUUCCCUCCAUAAUCUUCUAUCUCUCAUUCCUUAACCACCAUUAUCGUAUUACUGCUUCUGGUAGUGACGGUGACGGGCUCUCUCAUUCUCCUCUUUGGACAUGGAGCUAUCGCCACCCUCUCCUAUUGGCCAAUGCCUUUUUCUUCCUCAACGUCAAUUUGCUCUUCUGGCUCAUCGGUCAUAUCCAGAAGAGCCACUGGAUGAUAGAUUUGUAUUGGACGGUAAUACCAGUGAUGCUUGUUCAUUACUAUGCGACUCACCCUAUGGCUCAUUAUGACUGGUGGAGGUCGAGGAUUGCAAUCUUGAUGACUUGGGUGUGGGGUCUAAGGCUGACCCAUAACUACUUCAGGCGUGAAGGCUGGCAGUGGGGCGCAAGGGAGGACUGGAGGUUCACAAAUAUGCGCCAACAGUACGGCAAGCACUGGUGGUGGGUUUCCUUUUUCGCUGUCUACCUCUGUCAACAGGUGUUUCUGAUUGGAGUAAGCCUCCCAUUAUAUGUUGUCCACUCGAUCAAUAAGCCAUUGAACAUCUGGGAUUUUAUUGCCGUCAUUGUCUGUGUGUGUGGAAUCAUUGUCGCUUACUAUGCAGACACGCAACUCCAUGAAUUUGUGACUAUGAACGCCAAGCUGAAGGAUCAUGGGAAGCCAAUGGUACCCAGCCUGGACAAGGGCUUGUGGAAAUACUCACGGCAUCCAAACUACUUUGGAGAGCAGUUGUGGUGGUGGGGACUGGUUAUAUUUGCGUGGAACCUCGGACAUGGAUGGACCUUUCUCGGAGCACUUAUCAAUAGUAUGUGCUUAGCUUACGUGACUAUGCUUGUGGAGGACCGGAUGGUGAAGCAAGAUUACAGAGCUGAGGCUUACAGACUGUACCAGAAGACAACUUCCGUGUGGAUACCUUGGUUCAGGUCAUCCGCCAUGGGAGGAAAAGAUAAAAGCACUUGAUUUGAUAUUUCGGCACCAAGCAUUGCUACGGAGAGAUGGGUUUUGUUUGUGCUUAGCCAAAUAUAGAUCGUAGUAUGUAUUGUACAAAAUAUUUCUGCAUAUGCUAAAAGCGUUACCUUUACUUUCUGAAA